AAUCAUCGGGUGAAUCAUCCCAUCGGCGAGUCACGAUUUACGCGUCCGACCAUGAAAACCGAGAUUGAAACGGUCUAGCGAGUGAACGAAAUAGACAAACGAAUACGCGAAUAUACGCGAAGAUAUCGCGCUAAAUCUUUUCCUCGUUCCUCCAAUUUUCGCGGAUGCAAUCUCAGUGCAAUGGAUAUUCGAAUAUAUCGCUCGUUAUUAACCGCCGCAUUUACCGACGUUCUUGUGUAAUGUUGCAUUGUGUUCCCUUUGUAGAAACGCGACUGUGCUAUUGCGCAGAGAAGCGAUUUCGCACGAUAGCGCGAACGCGAUCGUGCACCAAGAACGCGCGGGAAUACGCGCGAAUAAUCGCUGAUGAGAAAAAAAUCAUUUAGACAGGAAAAUACUGAAGGAUGCACGAAUGAAUCGGAAUCUGACCAGGACUGUCCAGAAAUUUCUAAUAUUCCCUGGUUGGAGAGACCGAAAGAAUGGACUUACACAAUGAGAAGACACAUGCAGGAGGUGGUGCCUGGUGUGUUUCUUGGUCCAUACAGUGCUGCCAGUCGCUCUAAAAUGCAAUCUUUGCUUGAACAUGGAAUAACACAUAUAGUUUGUGUUAGGCAUGCUAUUGAGGCGAACCUUAUAAGGCCAAACUUUCCGAACACCUUCAAAUACCUAGUCUUGGAGAUAGCCGAUACAAUAAUGGAAAAUAUCAUUCAACAUUUCAAAAAGGUGAAGGCAUUCAUUGAUGAAGCCUUGAGUUCGAACGGCCGUGUCCUGGUUCAUGGAAAUGCUGGUAUAUCGAGAUCCGCUGCAUUGGUCUUAGCAUAUGUUAUGCAAACAUAUGAAGUUUCACAAAUGCGCGCAUACUCUAUAGUGCAGCAAAGAAGAUUCUGUAUAAAUCCGAACGAAGGUUUUAUGAACCAACUAAGAGAAUAUGAGCCCAUAUACCAGGCGGAGAAAACGCUGAGAAAUGAUCAACAUUAUUUGGAAGUUCAACGUAGCAAGCGAACAAUUCAUCAGAUUGAAAUGGAUAAUCGAUCGCAAGAUAGGGCCGAGAACAUAAUGAAUAGUUGGUGAUAAUUUAUAGAAAAUGAGAAGAAGAGUUGAAGUUACCAAUCAUCUCUCCUCCUCAUAUUAGAUCGGAUAAAUAAAAUUAUUUUCCUUUUUUUUUAGCUGAGUUCUCUGCACUUUCCUCUUCAAUUCUCAUUUUCAUUUUAUUUCUCCUAUUCUUUCGUCGUUUUAAUUAAAUGAAAAUAUAUGCAUAGUACGGCGAAAAAAGACAAACUUAGCUAAAUCUUAACAUCACUGUUAAUAGUAUUUUAGCAACGACUGACGUUUAACUCGAUUAAAAUUAAUGGAUUAGAUUAAUUUUACUAUUCAUUAAUUUUGAAAACUUCUACUUGAUUUUUCGUUUUAUAACUAUUUUAAGAUAAUAAAAUAGUUUAAAAUUGUCAAAGCAAUACAUCUGACAAAAGAAAAUACUUAAUAAAAUAUGAAUAAAAGAUACUCACGGAUU